AGUUGGGCUUCUUUUCCUGCCUUUUUCCUCUCCCUACUUUCUCUCUUUGUUUCUCUCUCCUGGUUUAACCGUGGAGACUGGGCUUCAUACCGUCCGGCAUUGACUUACCGCUGAGACUCGCCUGUCCGGCAAUCUGACUCACCGCCAGAUCGGUUUUAUGAGAGAAAGAUGUGUUCAGGCAAAUGGGGCAAAAAGUCAAGAAUGGGUUUCAGAAACCUAGAGGAAGCUGAUUAGAGGCUUGAAGAAGCACAGGGAUUUACGUUAACAUAACAGAGAAGAAGUGGAAGAAUUUGUCUGGGAUGGGAAUUGCUGGAUAAAAAGACCAAGGAUGAAUUUUGGAGGGGGAGUUUCAAUUCCACAGGAAAAAGAAGAGGUUCAAAUUAUGGGUUCUUGGAUACCCAUCACACCGGAGAAGCCAAUCCCGGCAAGAUCUCAUCCGAUCCCAGUCGACGGGAGAGCGAAUUGGCAAGAACUGGCCGGAUGCUCAGAUGGGUACGCAGAAGAGAUACCCAAUUGCAAUGGCUUUGGGCAGAAUUUGAACCCAAUUGGACACGUGGUUCAGAACGGAGGAGGCUACUAUGGCUGCGAUGGAGGCUUGCCUGAGAAAAACCGGGUGAUCAAUCACAUUGCAGGCUCCUACACACAGGCCUUCAACAAUGACGACAGCGAGGUUUGGAAGACUAAUCCAUUGGCGAAGCUUCUGCUAAUGCAUAAUUCGUCUUUCAUCGCCUCUGCAAACAGGAACAUGAAUACAAGUUUAAACAUGGCAGCAGCUAGGCCUCUGAUUCCGAAUACGUAUUCUCCGGUUGACCGCAACGGGAGAGAUUUCGUGUCCAGUAACCUCUUGCUCAACAACCAGAAUCAGUACUCAAGUUUUAACCCGUUAAGUAAUUUGGCAAAUGAGCCUCUGAUUCCGAAUAUGUGUUCUCAAGUCGCCGCGGUCGGCAAUCGAACAGAUUCAAGCCCCGGUAGCUUGUUGCCGAGAAACCAAAAUCACUUCUCUGGGUCAAACUCAUUGAGCAACAGUGAUAUCUUUUCCCAGAAACCCCUGCAUGGAUUCCCCAUACCUUACCAACUCCACUAUGAUCUAAAUUCCCCGCCAACAGAAGUAUAUGCUGCGCCAAGUGUUAACAACAACCCCCAGUUCGCACCAAUAACACCAGAUCAGGUCAAGAAGUUGGGUAACAACCAGCUUUUGGCAACAUUGAACAUCGCAAUAAAUGAAAGCUCAAGUGAGGAAAAAGAAAAUGAGACUUUACUCACAUCAUUAGUAAACAAGGCACAUCAGCAACAUAGUGACGAACUCCUACAAAGCAUUGUAGAAUCGUCCUCUGCUGCCAUUUCUACACCAGACAAGGAAACUAACGAUUCUGAGAAGGGAAGUAAUGAAGGCAUUGAUCUGAACAAGACACCCAAUCAGAAACCGCCCAGACGAAGAAAACACAGGCCGAAGGUAAUAAAGGAAGCAAAAGCCAAAAGGACUCCAAAGCCGGCAACUCCGAAAAAUACAACGGAGAACCCAACAGGAAAGAGGAAGUAUGUACGCAAGAAUGUUCAGAAAGAACCAGCAACUGAACAGGGAGAUGCUACAAGGGAAAUAGCAGAUCUGAAUAGCGGAACUGCUGCAAAAUCCUGCAGGAGAGUUUUAAAUUUUGACUCGGAGAAUACCGGAGAUGAAAUCCAGGGCAAAGUAGUUGGUCAGCAGGAGGUGUUGCAGCAUAGGAAUAAAAGGGCCUUUAGUUCAGACUCUCAAGCCAUAGAAUUGUGCUUUGGACCUUACAGUUUGUCUGGAACAAAGUCAGCUGAGCAGAUCAAUCAGUGGAAUAGAUUUAUGGUAGAAUACCAGUCACCUGGAACCAUAAGUAACUUAGCCCCUUCCAUGAAUCAAUUGCACACCGAGUACGGAUUACUGCAAGAAAGGCCAGCAGCUGCAGCCUCAUUAGCUCCAGUAAAAGACCUGCCAGAAUAUUUACAAGUGAUUGAGAGAAAUAAAGAUAAGGGAUAUACUGAUCCGUGCCAGAACAGGUGCAGAAAUGGAUACACUGUCAUACAGCAACAAAUCCAUGCAGAAGGACUAGACCAAGUUGUAUUUCAAGCAAAAACUAAUCAUGAAAGCUCUGAGAAAGAUAUUUCCCGGAGCACACGUCAACCAGUUCCAAAGUUUCCAUCCGAUUCCAGUGCAGCAAGAGGGUCCAAGAGAGAACAUUUCCGUACCAUUGAGCACAUGCAUCCCAGUACCAACAAUCCAAUUAGUUCAUUACCGUACCAAUCUCAAGUGUAUGAAUGUCACAGAAAUGGCCACAUUCUUGGCGAAGAUUUUACAGGAACUUACAAAAAAACAAGAACUGAGAGUGGACUCCUUACAGACAUCUCUGAAAUGCCAUGUGUUACACAAGUUGAAGAUGGUUCAGGAAAAGUUAAAACAAAGCAGAUGAAUGAUACCAGUGUAUGUGGGUUUACAACAAAAAAGGACCAUGAAAUAUUGAACUCUUACUUUGAAAGAAAUAGAAUUGCCAAGAGACAAAGUGAGGUCAACAAUCACUCCUUGGCUGCCAGACAUUAUUUGCCAAUGCAACAGAUUUCGUCCAAACUGCAUUCACACACGGAAAGGAUGGGAGAGACCAACGGGUUAAAUCCGGUACAUAGCUUUCCCUCCCUAGCUGCAAUUGAGGGAGGGUUACAUCCGGUCCAGCUCCCACCAUCCCCUCCCAAACAAGCUCCAGAACUAGAGAACAGGCAGGUAAUUCAAACUUCCCAUGUUCAGUUAUUACCAACAGAGCAGACCUUGGGAUGCACUCCAUCAAGAUCAGUUUCAUCUGGAAGAAAAAAAAUGCUGAAAAACCAGGAUGCCUCUUAUGACUAUCAGAAACCCACACCAAAAAGACGAGGUCGUCCACCGACAAAAAAGAUAUAUCCCAUACCUAUAGAUGAAAUCAUUUAUCGACUGAAGGGUCUCAAUCUCAAUGAGGGGAGCAACAAAUUAGUCAUGCAAGAGCAAAAUGCAGUCGUUGUAUACAGGGGAGAUGGUGCACUUGUUCCAUAUGCAGGGGCUGAAUUUAUUAAGAGACGGAAGCCGCGGCCAAAAGUAGACCUUGACCCAGAAUCAAAUAGAAUUUGGAAUCUUUUGAUGGGUAAGGAAGAAAGCAAAGGCUGUGAAGGAACUGACAUGCAAAAAGAGAAAUGGUGGGAAGAGGAAAGGAAAGUUUUUCGUGGCCGAACUGAUUCAUUUAUUGCGAGAAUGCACCUUAUUCAAGGAGAUAGACGUUUCUCACGGUGGAAAGGAUCUGUUGUUGACUCAGUGAUAGGAGUCUUCCUUACCCAAAAUGUUUCAGACCAUCUUUCAAGCUCUGCCUUCAUGUCUCUGGCAGCAAGAUUUCCUCUUAAGUCGACAAGCAACAACAUGGCAUGUCAGAACGAUGGGACAAACAUACUCUUCAAGGAAUCUGAAGUCUGCAUACUAAAUCAGGGCGACACCAUCAGAUGGCAUGAAAAGGUCUCAACUCAACCAAUCUACAAUGGAAGCUCUAUGACACACAAAGAAUUAGCAGAGCAUCAGGGAGGUGGUGAAACUUCAGUAAUAGAAAGGAGGCUCGUGGAGGCACAUAGUCAGGGCAUGGAGGAAGAAGUUAUAUCACAAGAUUCUUUUGAUUCCUCAGUCAUUCAAGGCACUGGAGGACCUAGAUCCUGCUCAGGCUCCAACUCAGAAGAGGAAGAUUUUAUUACUGGCUGCAGACCCAGUGAGAUUCAUUUUCCAACUUUAACAAAUCUUUUACAGAUGGAGAAAACCACAUUCCAGGAAUUUUACAGCCAUGAAAAUAGUUCACUUAUGGAUGAGAUACCAAGGUCUGUGCAGAAGCAAUCUGACUAUGCAGAGCACGCACAUGAGAAGUCAAGAUUGGACAUAGCAGAUGAUUUCAAUGGCACUUCUGCAUUUACUUAUCCCAACAAUCCUGGCAAUCUACAAAUGCAAGAACAAGUAGCUCCUUCAUGCAACCACCAUUUGCACACGAUCCCAGACUGUGGAGUACCAGAAGUGGAGAAUUUUGAAGCACUAAGUGAAGAAAGCAUAUCCCCUUGGCCUUCAACUGAUUUUAUCCUUCCCAAGGCAAAAGAUGAAAAUUGCACGGGCUUUAGGAUUGCAGGUCAGGCAGAAAGUGUAGGUAAGAGCGCAGUACAACAGAAUGCCCUGCCGUGGUCUCAAGAAACACCAAGAAUGGACCCAUAUAUAACAAAAAGCAACCACUCAGUGCACCAAGAAAGCAAUUCUCAGCCAGGACCGUGUACUGUUUAUAAUCAACCAUCCUGCCACAAUCAUCAACUGGAUGUGAACAAAUCCCUCCAAGUGGAAAGCCCAUCAUGUACAGGAACUGUAAAAUUUGCUAAUGCACUGGCUGGGAAGCAGAAUAAUAGCAUGCAGCAUGUCCCAAGUGUCCCUAAACCCGGAGAAAACACUGAGGAGAGAAUCUUCGUAAUGAAUAAGCAAAUACACUUGGAAAAUAGAUUUGCUGAACCAAAUUCAAAUGAGCAAGUUUAUUCUUCUGGUCAGGCAUACAGUGAGACAAGUUCAAAAAUUUCAAAAGUGAAAAAAAGAGAGACAGAGAGUGAGAAAAAGAGUGCAGUUGACUGGGACAGUUUAAGAAAGCAAGUGCAGGCCAAUGGUAGGUAUAAAGAAAGAAGCAAAGAUGCACAGGACUCCCUGGACUAUGAAGCGGUGAGAUGUGCUAAUGUUGCUGAGGUUUCUAAUGCUAUAAAAGAACGAGGGAUGAAUAACAUGCUAGCAGAACGGAUCAAGGAAUUCCUAGACCGACUCGUUAGAGAACAUGGAAGCCUCGAUCUGGAAUGGUUAAGAGAUGUGCCCCCUGAUAAAGCAAAGGAUUUUCUGUUAAGCGUACGAGGACUCGGGUUGAAAAGUGUGGAGUGUGUACGGCUUUUAACGCUCCAUCAUCUUGCUUUUCCAGUUGACACUAAUGUUGGAAGGAUAGCAGUUCGACUGGGAUGGGUCCCCCUCCAACCCCUGCCAGAGUCACUUCAGUUACACCUCCUAGAACUGUAUCCGGUGUUGGAGUCAAUUCAAAAAUAUCUCUGGCCAAGAUUAUGCAAGCUCGAUCAACGAACACUGUAUGAGCUACACUACCAAUUGAUCACAUUCGGAAAGGUUUUCUGCACAAAAAGUAAACCAAAUUGCAAUGCAUGUCCAAUGAGAGGAGAGUGCAGACACUUUGCAAGCGCUUUCGCAAGCGCAAGACUUGCCCUGCCAGGGCCAGAAGAGAAGAGUAUUGUGAGCUCAACUGUUCCCAUUGCAGAUGAGAGAAACCCAGCUGUAGUUAUCAACCCCCUGCCACUACCUCCACCUCCACCUGGGAACGUUUCACUGAAAGAAAGAGGUUAUGAAAGUCGCAAAUGUGAACCAAUCAUUGAAGAACCAGCAACACCAGAACAAGAAUGCACAGAGAUCUCGGAAAGCGACAUUGAGGAUGCAUUCUAUGAGGAUCCUGAUGAAAUUCCUACCAUCAAACUCAACAUUGAAGAGUUCACAGUGAAUCUACAAAAUUACAUGGAAGGGAACAUGGAACUGCAAGAAGGUGACAUGUCCAAGGCUUUGGUUGCCUUAAAUCCAGAAGUUGCUUCUAUCCCUACACCCAAACUGAAGAAUGUGAGUCGGCUAAGAACCGAGCACCAAGUGUAUGAACUUCCAGAUUCACAUCCACUCUUGGAAGGGAUGGACAAACGAGAACCUGAUGAUCCAAGCCCAUACCUUCUUGCUAUAUGGACACCAGGUGAAACUGCAAAUUCAAUUCAACCACCAGAAGGAAGUUGUGGAUCUCAAGAACCUAACAAGUUGUGUGAUGAGAAGACUUGCUUCUCAUGCAAUAGUGUAAGAGAAGCUAAUGCACAAACAGUCAGAGGAACACUGCUGGUACCAUGUAGAACAGCAAUGAGAGGCAGCUUUCCUCUCAAUGGUACAUACUUUCAAGUCAACGAGGUCUUUGCAGAUCAUGAAUCUAGCCUGAACCCAAUUGAUGUUCCAAGAGCAUGGAUAUGGAAUUUGCGGAGACGGACCGUAUACUUUGGAACCUCUGUGUCAUCAAUAUUUAAAGGCCUAUCUACCGAGGGAAUUCAAUACUGCUUUUGGAGAGGAUUUGUCUGUGUGAGGGGAUUCGACCAAAAAACACGAGCCCCUAGACCAUUAAAGGCCAGAUUACAUUUCCCUGCAAGUAAGUUGGCCAAGACAAAAACUGAGAACAAAAGAUAAAUAGGAUAUGAAGCAGAGAUGACUACUAGCUGAAGGUACAAAGCAAGGCUGUUGGUACAAAACAAAAUUGAUGCUAACGGAGUGCGAGGGAUGACCAUCUACUAACAUGUUGUAGGUUCAAUAAUUCUUAUUCUAACAUGAUAUGCAUUCACUACCUCUUAGCCACGGAAGAGAAAUUUUCGAGUCAAAAUGUGAGAUCCUAUGACAAAAGGAAUGUAGCCUGUAAACAAUUGAAAUUAUGAUCAUUAUUUCAUUCUUGCUCUUAACAGAGCCAUUCUUCAGAAA